GUGUUUCCUCUCUUUCUUUUUCCGGUCGCAAAAUGGGUAUUGAUAUCAACCACAAAUACGAUCGCAAGGUUCGCAGAACCGAGCCGAAAUCUCAGGAUGUUUACCUGCGCUUGCUCGUCAAGCUGUACCGCUUCCUCCAGCGUCGUACGAACAAGAAGUUCAACCGCAUCAUCCUGAAGCGUUUGUUUAUGAGCAAGAUCAAUAGGCCACCACUAUCUCUGCAGCGCGUCGCUCGCUUCUUCAAGGCUGCCAACCAGCCCGAGUCCACUAUCGUUGUGGUGGGCACAGUUACCGACGAUGCCCGUCUGUUGGUGGUGCCCAAGGUGACCGUGUGCGCCCUGCACGUUACCCAGACGGCUAGGGAGCGCAUCCUGAAGGCUGGCGGCGAGGUGCUGACCUUCGACCAGUUGGCGUUGAAGUCGCCCACCGGCAAGAACACCUUGCUGCUGCAGGGCAAGCGCACUGCUCGCACCGCCUGCAAGCACUUCGGCAAGGCUCCCGGUGUGCCCCACUCGCACACGAGGCCCUAUGUCCGCUCCAAGGGACGCAAGUUCGAGCGUGCUCGUGGUCGUCGUUCCAGCUGCGGUUACAAGAAGUAAGCAGCUUACAUCCUGGACUUGGACCGUCGACGGCCGUCGUCACUUUUUGGUUAAGAUAUUGAUUUGUCAGUUUGGAGGAAACUAGCCGUCGCACUCGUUGCGGCAAUAAAGAAUUUUUAUUCCAAAAA